AUGUACUACGAGAACAACACCUGCAACCCCUUCUACGGCCCCCUGUCGCCAGUGAAAAGCGAGAUCGUCGCAAACGCCUCUUGCUCGCUAGGUGGCCUUGUCUCCUACGCCAUCAACGUGUUCGAUGCAGCGAGUGCCUUGGCUGGCGUGAACUUCGCCCGUGAGAACAACGUUCGCCUCAUCAUCAAGAACACGGGCCAUGACGCGCUGGGUCGGUCCACCGGCAAAGGCUCCCUGGCACUGUGGACGUACCACCUGAAGAGCGUGAGCUUCACGAACUAUUCCAGCCCUCGAUACUCUGGGCCCGCCGCCCGCGUUGGUGCCGGGAUCCAGGUCGGCGAGUUGUGCAAGGCCGCGGCGGCGAAGGGAUACCGCGCCACUGGAGGCACCUGUGACUCGGUGGGUGUGGCAGGAGGCUGGAUUCAGUCUGCUGGCCACGGGCCGUUGGCGUCGUCGUAUGGGCUGGGAUCCGACCAGGCGCUGGAAUACGAGCAUGCAGAUCUAUACUGGACCCUGAGCGGCGGCGGUCCGGGGAACUACGCCAUCGUGCUGUCCGUCACGCUGAAGGUGCAUCCUGACGGUCCCGUGGCAGGCUCGAGACUGUUGUUUGUGGAGAGCAACUCGGACAAGUACUGGGCGGCCGUGGAGGCGUGGCAGCGACAUCUUCUCCACAUCCUUGAUUCCAUCCCGGGGUUUCAAUCGCUCGUCGCCCUGGCCGCCGGUGGUGUUUUCCAGCUCAACUAUGCGACUCUGCCAGACGGAAGUAAGACGGAUCUCAUCACGGCUCUGACGCCCUUCUACGACGAGCUGGCCUCCCUAGGCAUCUCAGCCACCCUGAAUGAGACCGUCGUCCACGACACCUACCUGAAGCACUACACCUACUACGAGGGGAACGACUUCGACGGCCGCAACGCCACCGUCGGCGAUCGCAUGAUCCCCCGAUCCCUGGUGCGCAAUGCCACACGCCUGUCGCAGCUGACAGACGUGUACAAGAGCCUCGUCCAGACCGAAAACUCAUUCGUGUAUCUGAUCAGCCAAAACGUGUCGCAUGCCGUGGCGGGCAACAAGGCCGGCGACAAUGAAGUCCUCCCCGCAUGGCGAGACUCGCUAUACAUCGCCAACUUCGGCGUGACGGGCUAUCCUCUGGCCUCGUUUACUGAGCUGAAGGAGCAGGUCUCCCAAAAAAACAAGUGGCAGAUCGACCUACGUGACAUCACGCCGAGAGGAGGUAGCUAUAUGAACGAGGCCAUUUUCAACUAUCCCUAUUGGAAGGAAGACUACUACGGUACCGACUACGAGAGGCUGGCCGCUAUCAAGAACAAGUAUGACCCUGCGCAUGUUCUCUGGGCGACGACAUCGCCUGGAUCGGCUGAGGCGUAUGAGCUGCGUAGGGAUGGUCAUCUGUGCAAGGCGUGA